UUAGCAGCGCAGAAGCUCCAGCCGGUUUCGGAUUGAGAGAACAUGGAUGAACAUCAGCAUCACUAUUCAGUCGGGGUUCCACCACAGAACAUGUCGCCCAGACCGGACCUUUCCUCAGGACCUCCUCAGAUCAUGCCAUUCAGACCGUAUGGUCCUCCAGCACCUCCACAGAACCUGCCGCCCAGACCGGACUUCCAUGCAGCACCUCCACAGAACAUGCCAUUCGGUGUGUUUUGUCCUCCAGCACCUCCACAAAACGUGCCACCCAGACCUGAAAUGUGUACAGCACCCCAACAUGACAUGCGCUCCAGAGCUGACUUUCAUCCAGGGAGUGGUCAUGGCUCCUGGCCCUGGUUUCCACCCACACCCCAUGGAUCUUCUAAUACAUACUCCUCACACCCAUCCUUCAACCCGACCAGACCUCCUCCUGGUUAUUUCCCAUCUCCUCCUCCAGGUCCAGCAAACCUUCAGCCAGAUUUACAUGGUGGGUUUGAGGGAACUUGGGCUCAAUCUCAGAUUCAUCAGGUUAUGAACAAUCAGUCUACGAUGGAUGAUGACUAUCAUGGAGACAGAUCUGUUAAUUUAGGACCAGCAUCAUACCAAUCAAGGUUUCAAUCUAACUGCAAUGUGAUGGGGCAUCAUUUCAGUACAUUUCCACAUGGACCAGUACCCAGUGAUACCAGCGCCACCAAGAUUAAAAGCAACAUACCAGAUGCUAACGCCAACCAGAGAAAGCAAGACGAGCGGUGGAUAAAUUCUUUUCUACACAAAAGAAAAACAGUAGCUUCUUCUCAGACGUUAAAUUCACCAGAACCACGACAGUCAGUAUCUGCAUACAAAGAGGAGAUGUACAGAACAGUUCAGAUGUUGUCUGAGCUCUCAGCUCUGUGUCAGACGUUAAAAACCAACUUAGAGAACGAGGGAAAGUGGACAGACUCAUACACAAGAGCCAUGGAGCUCAGAAGAAGCCUGGAGGACAGACUGAAGGCUCUGACCGAUCCAGUGAAGGUGGACGUGAUGAAGAAGAAACUGGAACGGGUUAAAAAAAAACGGACGUGGAUGAGAAGGAAGAAGAACAAACUGGAGGAGGAGAAACGAGACCAACAGGCGCGAGCUGCAGAAAAAGUGGCGGCCAUAGAUAGGCAGCAGAUGAAACAAAUACAGGAACUAGAGGAGAAGAACAGGGAGCGAGAGCUGAAGCAGGCGGCUGAUUCCGUUCUCUCAGAGGUUCGGAGGAAACAGGCCGACACAAAGAGAAUGUUGGACGUCCUCAAAGCUCUGGAAAAACUGCGCAAACUCCGCAAAGAAGCCGCGUCCAGAAAAGGUCUGUUUCCAGAGAAGAAAAGUGACGAGGUGUUUGAGGGUCACCUGGUGCGGCUCAGGAUUCUGAUCAGAAAGCGCACGGCGGUGUACGGGGCCGAGGAGAAAGCACUGAGGGUCAUGCUGGAGGGGGAGCAAGAAGAGGAACGUAAACGAGACCGAGAGAAAAGACAGAAGAAAGAGAGAGAGAAACAUCUACAGAAGAAACGAGAAAUCGAUUCCAUGCUGUUCGGAGCUGAUCUUCCUCCUGAUCAUCCUCUUCAGGUGUAUCAGCAGUUCUACACACAGGCUGAGUGGUCAGUUCCUGCUCUUGUCCAGAUCAGGAGAGAUUGGGAUCAGUUCCUGGUUCCUGUGGAUCAUCCUGAUGGUUCCUCAGUUCCUCAGAGCUGGGUUCUUCCAGAUCCUCCAGCAGAUGAUGUGUGGGCCACGGCUCUGGAGAAAUGAGGACCGUUCGACUGGAGCUGAUUGUUUUGCAGGGACGUGGACGUGAUUUAUUCUUUUAUAACCUGAUGAUGAUUUUGUACAUUUUGUAUCUGAAUGUUGAAGAUGAAUAAAAUAUAAAGCGUG